GGCGGCGAGCAGCCUGGGUUAUCUGAGCUGCUCGGUCUUGGGUGGCUGCGCCCAGAUCUGCGGGUGGCGGCGGCAAAAAACGAGACGGGUUGUCGGGCGGCGGAGGAGCGCGGAAGUCAGACCCAGGCCCAGGAGGCGGCAGCGGGGAGCACAGCAUGGAAGGGCGCGCGGGUCCGGCAGGUGGAUUAAGCUGACGGGGCUCAGGAAGAUCCAGGAAGGAGGGCAAAUGCCGGGAUCCCAGAGAAUUCAGCCCAAGGAGUGGGAGGCUCAGAACCUUGUCGGCUGAGCCUGGUCCGAGCCCCGAAAACCUGUCCCCAUCCCUGGCCACCUGAGAGUCCAGGAAUCAAGUCUCCGGCUCUCCUGUCUUCCAUUGGGUCCCACCGAGGCAGGUGGGUGCUCGCCGGAGGUCUCCAGCUCCAUUCUAAACCAAGCGCACUGGACUGGCCAGAUCGAGUGGGCUAGGGAUCGAGGGAGGCCAUGCGCGCAGCCGCGCGUGGGACAAGAGAGGAAAAACUGCUGGUCCUGAAGUUGAGUUUGCGAGGCGACACGGCGGCGGCGGCCGCGCUGCUCCCUCUCCUCUGCCUCCCCAUGGAUAUGCACUGCAAAGCAGACCCCUUCUCCGCGAUGCACCCAGGGCACGGGGGUGUGAACCAGCUCGGGGGGGUGUUUGUGAACGGCCGGCCCCUACCCGACGUGGUGAGGCAGCGCAUCGUGGAGCUGGCCCACCAGGGUGUGCGGCCCUGUGACAUCUCCCGGCAGCUGCGGGUCAGCCACGGCUGUGUCAGCAAAAUCCUGGGCAGGUACUACGAGACUGGCAGCAUCAAGCCUGGUGUGAUCGGCGGCUCCAAGCCAAAAGUGGCGACACCCAAAGUGGUGGACAAGAUUGCUGAAUACAAGAGACAGAACCCAACUAUGUUUGCAUGGGAGAUCCGAGACCGGCUCCUGGCCGAGGGCAUCUGCGACAAUGACACAGUGCCCAGCGUCUCUUCCAUCAACAGAAUCAUCCGGACCAAAGUUCAGCAGCCUUUCCACCCAACGCCGGAUGGGGCUGGGACAGGAGUGACUGCCCCCGGCCACACCAUCGUUCCCAGCACGGCCUCCCCUCCUGUCUCCAGCGCCUCCAAUGACCCAGUGGGGUCCUACUCCAUCAAUGGGAUCCUGGGGAUUCCUCGCUCCAAUGGCGAGAAGAGGAAACGUGAUGAAGAUGUGUCUGAGGGCUCAGUUCCCAAUGGAGACUCCCAGAGUGGCGUGGACAGUUUGCGGAAGCACUUGCGAGCUGACACCUUCACCCAGCAGCAGCUGGAAGCUUUGGAUCGGGUCUUUGAGCGUCCUUCCUACCCUGACGUCUUCCAGGCAUCAGAGCACAUCAAGUCAGAACAGGGGAAUGAGUACUCCCUCCCAGCCCUGACCCCUGGGCUUGAUGAAGUCAAGUCGAGUCUAUCUGCAUCCACCAACCCCGAGCUGGGCAGCAACGUGUCAGGCACGCAGACAUACCCUGUUGUGACCGGUCGUGACAUGGCGAGCACCACUCUGCCUGGUUACCCCCCUCACGUGCCCCCCACUGGCCAGGGAAGCUACCCCACCUCCACCCUGGCAGGAAUGGUGCCUGGGAGCGAGUUCUCCGGCAACCCAUACAGCCACCCCCAGUACACGGCCUACAACGAGGCUUGGAGAUUCAGCAACCCCGCCUUACUAAGUUCCCCUUAUUAUUAUAGUGCCGCCCCCCGGGGCUCCGCCCCUGCCGCUGCUGCCGCUGCCUAUGACCGCCACUAGUUACCGCGGGGACCACAUCAAGCUUCAGGCCGACAGCUUCGGCCUCCACAUCGUCCCCGUCUGACCGCCCACCCCGGAGGGAGGACCGACGCGACGCGAUGCCUCCCGGCCACCACCCCAACCCCAUCCCCGUCCCAGGACCCGCGCAACCCUUCACCUCACCCCGUCGAAGGCCCGACAGAACGGGCGGAGCCGCGGGCGGGACCCUCAGGCCCGGGCCCGCCGCCCCCAACCUCGCCCGCCAACCCUCCCCGCCUGCCGGGACUGCGCGGCGCCGCCAGGAGGGCCGGGCCCAGCUCGCCCCGGCCUCCCUGGCGCUGGCCCCGGCCUCCCUGGCGCUGGCCCCGGCGCCGCCAGCCACCCCGCGGACUCGGGCCGGCCUCAGGCGCCCGCGCCGAAUACGUUUCUGUGACACACAAUCAGCGCGGACUGCAGCGCGGCCCAGCCCCGGAGCAGCCCGUCUUGGACGCUCGCUCGGGCGCCGGGAGGCUUCGCUGGAAGGGCUGGGCAAAGGAAAUUAAGAACAAAACGACUUUCUGCAGAAGAAGGAAGAGCCCCUUGUCGAACCCUUGGGAAAAAAUGCCCUACCCCGUGCGCCAGCCAUUCUGCCCCACCCCCCGCCUUCUGGGUGUGCCCUGCCUCGGAAGGUGGAAUGGAGGCGUGGGGGUCGGGCUCUAGGAACGGGCUUUGAGGGCGUCAGGUCUUUCCAAGGUUGGGAUCCAAGGAGAGCAGGCCCCAGCAGCCCGCACCGGCCGAGCCGACUCCUGGCUCUUCCCUGCUCCACCAGGACUGCCUCGUUCCCCAGGGCCCAGGCACCGCCUGGCACGUGACCUGACUCUAAGUCCUGCCUCGCCCAUACCUCAGCGUCUCCUCCACCUGCUGGCCUCCCAGAUUGCCCUCCUGCCCGUCCUUUGCCCAUCCCGCAACGCCCUGCAUUCCUCCCCCUAACUCGCCGCCCCCUCGGACGCUCUCCCGGGCCGCCGCAGGACCAGUUUCCGUAGGCCGCGGUCUUACCCCAGCAGAUACUUGAUGCCCCCGCCCCCGCCCCCGACACAGACUCUCGAUCUGCCAGUGGUGGGAGCCGCUUCUGAGCUGGCAUCCGAGCUGCCGCAGGGUGGAAGUGAGAGGCUGCCCACUCCCCCACCUCCAGCCUCCUCCUCCGGCAGGAACUGAACGACGGAACCGCAAAAAGUCUACAUUUAUUUAAUAUGAUGGUCUUUGCAAAAAGGAACCAAACAACACGAAAUCCCCACAGGCUGCUGCUUCGUAGAAAGACGGUGUGUGUCGCGUGAAGGCGAACUCCUGUGUAUAUAACCCCUCCCCCCGCCGGUCCCGCCCCGCCCUGUAGAGCCCCGGCCGCCCGCGCCCCGCCUGUAGAUGCGCCCGCUGUCUGCGCUGUGAGAGUCGCCGCUCGCUGGGGGGAGGGGGGACAGCUACACUCCCACUAAAGCACAGCACGUCCCGGGGGAGGGGGGCAUUUUUUAUGUUACAAAAAAUUACGAAAGAAAAGAAAUCUCUAUGCAAAGUGACGAACAUGGUCCUGUGGACUCCUCUCGCCUGUUUUGUUGGCUACUUCUCUGUACUCCCGUGUUUUCGCUCCUUCCUCGCGGCUUCUCUCCCCUCUUCAUUUCUCUCCUGUCUGCUGCUCUCGCCCUCUGUCUCUGUCUCUCUCCUCUGUCUCUCUAGUCUGUCUCCGCUCCUCCCCCUGCCUCUCUGCCCAGCCCUGCCCGGCCGCGCAGUCCUCGCAGGCUAGAUCGGAGGUGGCGCUCCGGCCCCGGCUCGCCCCCUCGCGGCCACCCGCCCCGCCCCGUAGUUGCUCUCUCGGUAGCGGCGAUGCGCCCUGCAUGUCUCCUCACCCGUGGAUCGUGACGACUCGAAAUAACAGAAACAAAGUCAAUAAAAGUGGAAAUAAAUAAAUAAAAAUCCUUGAACAAAUCC